UGGUCGUACAAGAGAGACGUGAUGCUCCUCCUCCUGCCGCCCCGCCGGUUUUACUGCUUCUUCAGCCUCAAUACACCUAAAUAAAGUGUGGUAAUUGCUGUGCCUGGCUGUGUGUGCUGCAACAGUGAUCAACACAGCAACAUUGAUCAGUCUGAGGGGUGGAGACAACCACACUAGUAAAUGGUCUGACCAUCAAAUUUAGUGCUAUACCUGAAGAGGGUUAUUCUAGAUGUGUGGAGAUGCAGUAGCUGGAGACGUCGUUAAAGGUGGGUGGGGCCCACUUGUCUUUCCAGGUUAUAAGUCCACUGAAGUUUGGUUAUUGAAGCAGAGAGUAAUUGUAUUAGGUGGGGAGGUGGUGGUGAGAGUACAUAUAAGAAAGAUCGUAAGCAGUUUAUGUCAAAAUUAGCUUAGUGGGAAGUAUUGGCUUAUCUCCCGACCAGAGAUGAAAUUUCUGGCCAGGAAAUAAUGAAUGUAUUCUGUAGGUGACCUUGAAUGGGGUGGAGAUAAAUAUUGGAGAAAUGAGUUGUAAAGCUUAGAACUGAAGACUGAUUAGAUUUUAGGAAGUUUUAGUUGGUCUAAUAUAUUAUGCAGCUGAUAGCUGUUCUGGAAGAUUGUAGGAAGCAGAGAUGAAAUGUGUAAGUGAUACAUCAUGGCUCAGUUUGUAGUGGCGUCAACUGAAGAACCUGGAUUCGAUCCCUGGCACAAGUGGGCAUGUUCCUUUAUAUCCAUUGGCACUGUUCAUAUAAGAAAGGAGGAACACUGCAGUAAGCCUGGGCAUACUUGAUUGGGUAAUUGCGUGUGUUGGAACUUAUUCGGUCCUAAAGUUCCACAGGGCAGAUACCACUUUUCUUGAUCUAAAAUUUGCAUUUGAUAUUGCGAACAGAACCGUUAUACUACAUGAACUAGCCAAAAUGAAUAUUGGUGGUAGCUUACUCUGCUGGAUAAUAGGAUACCUGUCAAAUAGAGUAUCCUCUGUCCUUUACCAAGGCUUCAGAAGUGAUUCUAAAGAAAUGUCUUUAGGUACACCGCAGGGAGGAGUUCUUAGUCCCAUGCUAUUUAAUAUUCUGAUUAAUGAUCUCCUAAAUGCUCUACCUGCCUCACCUAAACAUAUAGCUAUAAGCUAUGCUGAUGAUAUCAUGAUCCAUACAACAGGGCAUAAGAAGAUGAAUACCAUUCUUAAUGAGUUCAAGCAAUUUGUAAUCGACUAGGCCUCAUAAUAUCCUCUAAAACAAAGAUAUUAACAAGCAAACGACAUCCCCCACCCAUCUAUUUGCAGGGUGAAAUCAUUAGCUACGUUAAAACUUACAGAUAUCUUGGUGUAGAUGUACCCUUUAACAAAUCCACUAUACCACAACUAAACAAGAAAUGCAAAGCUAGGCUAAAUACUCUCAAAGCUGUUGCUGGCUACAAUUCCAACUAUGGUGCUAAUGUGAGAAUCGUGAGAAUGAUGUACAUAGCCUAUGUUAGGUCCUUAAUUGAUUAUGCUGCUCCCAUGUUGAUAUUAGCUAGAGAAAGUUCUCUCCGACCCUUGGAGUUAAUGCAAAAUGAAGCUCUCAGGAUUAUUUUUGGCUGUCCCAGAUCUACAAAAGUUCUUAACAUGAGGAAGGAGCUUGGUAUUUCUAGUAUCAGUGAUAGGAUUGUUGAGAUUAACAUUGUACUCGGUAUUAGAAUUUUGAGAAACGAACCAGACACUGUCACAAUGAAUCUGACCAAGUGUCUAGAGGUAAAUACACACAGAUCUAAAUGGAUUGUGAAAACGUGCAAUUGCAUUAAUUUUUAUAACCUGCAUGAACUGUAUCACUGUAGGCAACAAGAGCAUUUCACCCCUCCAUGGAAGAUGUGUUCAUUUAAUAUCACAUACCUGCAAGUCCCUCCCAAGAAGCUCAUUGCUAGUAAUCCCUUCCUUAAAUCUCUUGUUAGAGCAACUGCUCAAGAAGAAAUUUCUCACCUAGCUGGUAGUAAUAAGUUAUCACAAGUUAUAUACACUGAUGGAUCUAAACAGGAGUCUUCUGGCAGGGCUGCAUCUGCUCUUGUUGCCACCUCCCUAGUUAAGAACAAUAAUAAAUUUGUUGAGUUAGGCAUAAGAAUUAACAACUGGGCGUCUACACUGCAAACUGAAUUGUUUGCAAUCCUAAUGGCGCUAAAGCUAACCUAUGACACUGAGCUUGACUCCAUCAUCAUUACUGAUUCUAUGUCAUCAUUGAAGGUUCUUGACUCAUAUAAUGACUCCAACAACAUGCUUAUUGGAGAAGCCAGGUAUAGAUACUCAAAAAUUAGGGACGAAGGAAUUAAUGUACAAUUGCUAUGGAUCCCAUCACACAUUGGAUUACUCCUUCAUGAUAAAGUUGAUAUGUUAGCCAAGAAGAGUACCUAGAAGGAGAAUGUAGAAUAUAACUUUGGUAUAACUGUGUCUAGCAUUAGGAAUAAUAUUAGGAGAGAAGUAAAUAAUGAAAAUGAUUGUUAUAGGAAUGCAGUUAGAAGCCUGAGUAGAUCUAUAACCCACUAUGAUAACAUGAACGUAGAUAAGUAUGUUUAUGGAGCAACGUGCAAUGUGAACAGACUGACUGAUGUUGUAGUGGCCAGGCUUAGGCUUGGUUACAAGUACUUCUGGCAGUUUGGGAGACACACAGAUGAUGAUCAAACUAAAUGUAAAUUAUGUGAUCAGGCAUAUGGUAACUCUCUUGAACACUAUGUGCUUAAUUGUCCACUUAUUGAGGA